AUGGCCUCAUCAGACGAUAUCGUAACGACCUCUAAUGGAUUAGGUUAUACAUCUUCCUCAGCCGCUCAUCCUGAAACUUUGGUCAAACCUCCUGCCGCACCUUCGGCAAGUGAAGAUACCAUUGAAAUCCGAAUUGAAUUUGGUGGUGGAUUACAUCUCCUAUUUUCAUCCCAACCGAGUCAUAAAAUACGUAUUCCGCGUUACGAGCCGGGAAAUGCCGACCAACUACCUCAGGCUGUGACUAUGCGAUAUCUAGUAUCGUGGAUGAAAUCGAAUUUAUUGAGCGAAAGAGAAGAAAUGUUCGGUGAUGGGGAUGGAGUACGUCCAGGUAUAUUGGUAUUGAUAAAUGAUGCAGAUUGGGAAUUGGAAGGUGAAUUAGAAUACGAAUUAAAAGAUAGAGAUGAGGUGGUUUUCAUCUCUACCCUACACGGUGGAUAA